AUGCCAGACCAAAAACCUGCAUCCACGUUGUUGUCGAGGGGCCCGUUGGACCCCAAAGAAGCCAAAUGGACUAGACUGGUCAAGACCACUUAUUGUGAUCCAAUGGGGGUGGAACGAACAUGGGAGUCGGCGGAGCGACAGACUCGGCCUCCAAACUGCGAGAUUGACGGCGUGGGGAUUGUCACCAUUCUGAACAAGUCUACAGGCCCUGAACUUCUCCUGCAGAAACAAUACAGACCGCCCAUUGAUAAGGUAGUCAUCGAGGUGCCGGCUGGCCUCAUCGAUGCCGGAGAGACAGUCGAGGAAUGCGCCGUGCGCGAGCUGAAAGAGGAAACAGGCUACGUGGGAGUCGCAGAGCAGACAAGUAGUGUCAUGUAUAACGAUCCCGGGUUCUGCAACACUAAUCUCAACAUGGUUCACGUGCGGGUGGACAUGUCGCUGCCCGAGAACCAGAACCCCAAGCCAGAGCUCGAGGACAACGAAUUCAUCGAGUGCUUUAGCGUCCCUCUUGCUUCUCUAUUCGAUGAAAUGAAGAAGCUAGAGGCGCAAGGGUAUGCCAUUGAUGCUCGCGUGGGAACCAUUGCCGAGGGGAUUGAUCUAGCGAAGAAGUGGAAGCUAUAA